UCCAAGCAUGAGCUCUUCGGAGUGCUGUCCCCUGCAGUCGGUGUUCCAUUAAUCACCGACAUUACGUUAGUGGUCCUUUCCGACCAUACGGCAUCAUGAAGAGUAAAAAGACAAAGGCUUGAUAAUGAAACACUACGGGAUGUCUGGGGGUGUGCUGAGGAGACAUUUUAGCCAGGCUGUAAAAUAUUUUUCAACCGUAAGCCCUUCUUGUGACCAGAAAUCCAUAACGCCCUUUGUGACACCAGUAUCAGAUGUAGACAAGGCUGCUGUGUAUGUACAUUGGCCAUUCUGCCAAAAAAGAUGCACCUACUGUAAUUUUAACAAAUAUAUAUGCAAUACUGUGGAUCAUGAAAGGAUGAAAAGAUGUCUCAUCAAGGAGACACAGACUUUGGUCCAAGAGAGCUGCAUCAAUACAAUCACGUCUGUAUUCUUUGGUGGAGGCACACCAAGCUUGGCUGAACCAAAGACUCUGGAAUCAGUACUAGACAAGCUGGCUAGUAUUGCAAGCAUGCAGCCAGAGACGGAGAUUAGCAUGGAAAUCAACCCAACAAAUCUUGAGACACAAAAACUCCUAGAAUUCAAGCAUGCUGGAAUAAACAGAGCAUCUAUUGGGGUCCAGACUCUUAAUGAUGAUGCGUUAAAAAUCUUGGGAAGAGAUCAUACAUCAUCAGACAGUCUAAGGUGUUUAAAAGAAGCUGUGCAGAUAUUUUCUGGACAUGUUUCAGUUGACAUGAUCUUUGGUUUCCCUGGACAUACUUUAAAACAUUGGCAGAAGGAGUUAAAGCAGAUGACAGAUCUUUGUGGUUGCCACAUUUCUCUUUACCAGCUUACUUUAGAAAGAGGUACGCAGCUUUUUAAAGAGGUUACUGCUGGACAAAGAGUUUUACCUGACAGUGAUGAGGUUGCAGAUAUGUAUCUGGCUGCCGUUGAGAUUCUUAAGGAGAAAGGCUUUGAGCAGUAUGAAGUAUCCAACUUCGCAAAAAAUGAUAACUACUGUCUGCACAACAUUGCUUACUGGACUGGACAGCAGUAUCUUGGAGUGGGUCCAGGCAGCCAUGGGAGGGUAUGGUGUCAUAAAGCUACCAGCACCAAACCUCAGAGAGAAGCCAGAGUCCAAACAUUAGAACCUGAAAACUGGCUGUGGGAAGUGGAGCAGUUUGGCCAUGCCACAAGGCGCCGGGUAGUGCAGAGCACUCAAGACAUAAUGGAAGAACUUCUUUCAGUUGGCCUAAGGACAAAAUGGGGAGUUACACAUGCAAACUGGUCAAGUUUGUGCUGUGGAAUUACCUUAGCACAGCUGUGCUCCUGCCCUAGAACAUUAAAGUGGAUUUCUAAUGGUACCUUGAUCUUAGUGCUGGAGGUUUGAAAACUACGGCAGCUGGUCUGAUAGUUUUGGAUAGUAUUUUACCUGACCUUCUGCUGGAUUUCGGAUGUUAGCAUCAUGCAGUAUGGAAAUAUCAAGCAAGGAUGGUGCUCCUUCAAAUAAUACUCAAAAGAAAUAAAUCAAAUGUUAAACUGUUCA